UCUAUAAUAAGAAUUCUCCAUCUUCAUUCGGUAAUCUUUCCUGAAAUCCGACUCUUAGUAUAUACUCGACAGAAACAUCAUAAAAAUAUUUCUAUCCAAUAUAUCUUCACUCACCAAGAUAUAAAUCGAAACAAAAACAUCCAAGAUAUGGAUCACAUCUCGAUGAAGUCGAUCUUCUUGGUUGCACUCUUGGUUUUUACCGCUGGUGUAACGAACAUUAAUGGAGCAGAAGAAGUCACCGGAGAUAACAACGACGACGGCGCCGACUUGGGGGCAUCGGAGUUCUCGUUAAAGAAUCCGUGCUCAAGAGUGAAGUCAUGUGGUUGUGUCCUCGGAAUUUGCGUUUGCAAGCUGCAUGGCGGCUCGGCUCUGACGUCAUCUUCCCGACCACUCAGCGCCGGAGGUGAUCACGAUGACGUCGAUGUCGUCGGCACGGGGCUUAACCACGUUAAAUGCGAGCUGGUGACGGCGUGUAGUUGUAUGUUCCGAACUUGCUUUUGCCUGGAGCGCAGACAUCCUCCGUCAUCUCUCCGAUCAAGCGGCGCCGUGGAGGAACUCGUCUGAAAAUCGUAGCUUAAUUAGGUUGAUGAUGAAUUUCCGUUGUUUAGUGUAGCUUAUUGAUUAGAUAUAUUCGUAAUAAUACCAUGAAUUUACGUUGUGUUCAAUAAAGAGACUUUUUUUUUUGUGUGUCAUAGAUAUCGUUUCAGAAUUCGGAUAAACAAGAUAAAUUACGAGGUAACCACAAGGAAUAAGGCAU